AAGGUACAUAAGAUCGAGUGCACCCAAAGUACCAAGACAUGAAAUGGUGAAAAACGUUUGGCGCGGUAGGUAGACUAUUUGACAUCAGACGUAGAGGAGUGGAACAAAGAUCUGUUCGCCGGUAUCUUUUCUUGGAAGAAGGUUCGAGAGACAGUCGUACAUUUUCGACAAGACGAGUUGGUGCAGCCUCGUUUGGGUUUCUCCCUCAAUCUCUAGUUAGGCGCCUGUCAAAGCUUGCCUUGCGCAGGCGGACGGAAACUGCUUGAAAAUGCCUCCCAUCGAAAAUGACGCCGGGAAGAAUGAACUCAAAUCUCGGAUACAGCAGCUUAUUGACACCAAUCGAGUGGUGGUUUUCAGCAAAAGCUACUGCCCGUAUUGUCUGGAGGUCAAAGACUUGUUCAAAGAGCUAAAAGUCGAGUGUAAUGUGGUGGAGUUGGACCUCAUAGAGGAUGGAAGCAACUACCAGGAGAUGCUGCUUGAGAUGACUGGACAGAAAACUGUUCCUAAUGUCUUCAUCAACAAGACGCAUGUUGGUGGCUGUGACAGAACCAUGCAGGCUCAUAAUGACGGAAGCCUGCAGCAGCUACUGAAUGGAGGAAAUGAAGUUUAUGACUAUGACCUGAUUGUGAUUGGAGGAGGAUCUGGAGGCCUGGCCUGCUCAAAGGAAGCUGCUCUAUUGGGGAAGAAGGUUAUGGUGCUGGACUAUGUUGUGCCCACACCAAAAGGAACCACCUGGGGUCUCGGUGGGACUUGUGUGAAUGUGGGCUGUAUUCCCAAGAAGCUAAUGCACCAGACUGCCAUGUUGAGCACUGCCAUGCAGGAUGCACGCAAGUUUGGCUGGGAGUUUGAUGAGAAAGUGAAACACAACUGGGACACUAUGAAGACGGCAGUGAACAACUACAUUGGUUCAUUGAACUGGGGCUACCGGGUGGCGCUGAGAGACAAGAAUGUCAACUAUGUCAAUGCCUAUGCAGAGUUCAUCGAACCACACAAAAUCAAGGCAGCAAACAAACGAGGGAAGGAGACAUUUUAUACAGCAGCUAAAUUUAUCCUGGCUACAGGUGAGAGGCCACGCUACCUGGGCAUCCCUGGAGACAAAGAGCAUUGCAUCACCAGUGAUGACCUCUUCUCAUUGCCCUACUGCCCUGGAAAGACCCUGGUGGUCGGAGCAUCGUAUGUGGCUCUGGAGUGUGGCGGUUUCCUGGCUGGCUUGGGUCUUGAUGUCACCAUCAUGGUUCGGUCCAUCCUCCUGAGGGGCUUUGACCAGGACAUGGCCAACCGUGCUGGUAAGCACAUGGAGGAGCAUGGCAUCAAGUUCAUCCGCAAAUAUGUCCCUAUCAAGGUAGAGGAGCUGGAAGCAGGAUCUCCUGGCAGGCUGAAGGUGACAGCCAAGUCAACAGAGACUGACGACAUCAUCGAGGGAGAGUAUAACACGGUGUUAAUAGCAGUGGGCCGAGAUGCAUGUACAGACAAGCUUGGCCUGGACAAGGCAGGGAUCAUAGUCAACCCCAAGAACGGAAAAAUUCCAGUGAACGAUGAAGAGCAGACCAACAUUCCCCACAUCUAUGCCAUUGGAGACAUUCUGCAAGACAAGUGGGAGCUGACACCUGUGGCCAUCCAGGCUGGCAAGCUGCUGGCACGGCGCCUCUAUGGGGGAUCAACCCUUAAGUGUGACUACAUCAACGUUCCCACAACAGUUUUCACCCCAAUGGAGUAUGGCUCCUGUGGUCUGUCGGAGGAGAGGGCCACUGAGCUCUAUGGACAGGAGAAUUUAGAGGUGUACCACAGUCUGUUCUGGCCUCUGGAGUUCACUGUGCCCGGCAGGGACAACAACACAUGCUACGCAAAGAUCAUCUGCAAUAAACUGGACAAUGAUCGAGUCAUCGGGUUCCACUACCUGGGACCAAAUGCAGGAGAGGUGACGCAGGGCUUCGGUGCCGCCAUGAAAUGCAGAGUCACCAAGGAGCAGCUGGACGGCACCAUCGGCAUCCACCCAACCUGUGCUGAGAUCUUUACCACUUUGGAGGUGACCAAGAGCUCCGGCGGAGACGUCACCCAGGCCGGCUGCUGAGGUUAAACCCUGCUCGUUUAGCAGGCUGCUCUCACAUUAGACUCUCCUACUAGCCCCUCCCAUCUUGGUUCCCAGUCAGCCUUUAAACUUGUCAUCACCUUCGUCCACUCGUUUGUAGGACAGUUGUUUCUCAGGAUAAACAAAGAACCAAUGCCAGGCUCUAAGUCAGUGAAAUCAUUUAGGCUGUCUGGGAGCUUCAAGGUGAGAGGAAGAAGCUGAGGAUGUGAGUCUUCGGCUGAGCUUUUUUU